CGCGAGAGACGGGAUACGUUCCAUUCGUGGCUCGAUGAGAACGCGCACAGAGCCUUCCGCUCGCGCUGUGCAGGACGAGAGCGCGGGGCCGCCGGAGGCUGUGCGGGAACACGGACGUCGUCGGCUGGGUAAACAAGACCAUGGUGAACCAAGUGCAGCGAAUGGAUGGCGGCUCGCAGGCGCCGAAGAGCGAUUCGAGUGGAGCGAGCAACAGCGGCGGGGAGAGCUCCAAGGAAAGCUCGCGAUGCUCCACGCCCCUGCUGGAUGCCGACCGUGCCGAUCGCCUUCGGGAAAAGAUGAAGCGGCGCAUAGAGUCUGGCGAUCGCUGGUUCUCCCUGGAGUUCUUCCCCCCACGCACCUCCAGCGGGGCUGUCAAUCUCAUCUCCAGAUUCGAUCGCAUGGGCUCAGGAGGACCCCUCUUCAUUGACAUCACCUGGCACCCCGCUGGCGAUCCGGGAUCAGACAAAGAAACGUCUUCCAUGAUGAUUGCAAGUACGGCUGUCAACUACUGCGGCCUGGAGAGUGUCCUGCACCUCACCUGCUGCAAUCAGACCAAAGACCAGAUAACGGCACACCUGGCCAAAGCCAAAAGGCUUGGGCUCAAAAACAUCAUGGCUCUGAGGGGAGAUCCCUUGGCAGAUGUGUGGGAGGAAGAGGAGUGCGGUUUCAACUAUGCCACAGACCUGGUGAAACACAUCCGCUGGGAAUUUGGUGACUACUUUGACAUUUGCGUAGCUGGCUACCCCACGGGACAUCCAGAGGCAGAGAGCUACGAGGCGGAUCUGAAGUACCUGAAAGAGAAGGUGGAUGCUGGUGCGGACUUUGUCAUCACGCAGCUGUUCUUCCGGGCCGAAACCUUUCUCAAGUUCGUCAAGGAUUGCAGAGCUGUUGGGAUCACAUGUCCCAUCCUGCCAGGGAUCUUUCCAAUCCAGGGUUACCAGUCCCUUCGGCAGCUGGUGAAGCUGUCGAAGCUGGAGGUGCCAGAGGCGAUGAUGCAGGUGAUCGAGCCCAUCAAGGACAAUGAUGCCGCCAUCCGCAACUACGGGAUCCAGCAGGCGGUGGACAUGUGCAAGGUGUUGCUGCAGAGCGGCGAUGUGCCAGGGCUGCACUUCUACACACUGAACCGGGAGGUGGCCACCAUGGAGGUCCUGAAGCAACUGGGCCUGUGGAACGAAGAUCCAAGGCGGCCGCUUCCGUGGGCAGUGAGCGCUCACCCCAAGCGCAAAGUGGAGGACGUUAGACCAAUCUUCUGGGCCUCCAGACCCAAGAGUUACAUCUACAGAACUCAAGAAUGGGAUGAAUUUCCCAAUGGGAGAUGGGGCAACUCAUCUUCUCCAGCCUUUGGAGAGCUCAAUGACUACUAUCUCUUCUACCUGAAAAGCAAGUCUUCCAAGGAAGCCUUGGUGAAGAUGUGGGGAGAGGAGCUCAUGAGCGAGGAGAGUGUGUUUGAGGUGUUCACCAACUACAUCACAACCCAGCCCAAUCGCAACGGACAUAAGGUGAUGUGUUUGCCGUGGAACGAUGAUCCUUUAGCUCCCGAGACCAACUUGCUAAAAGGCGAACUGGAGAAGGUGAACCGUCGCGGUGUCCUCACUAUCAACUCUCAACCCAACAUCAACGGGAAGCCUUCCUCAGACCCCAUAGUGGGGUGGGGCCCCCCUGGGGGAUAUGUCUUCCAGAAGGCAUAUCUGGAAUUUUUCACAUCGAGUGAAAAUGUGACUGCUCUUCUCAAAGUGUUGAAGAAGUAUGAGCCUCGUGUGAACUAUCACAUCGUCAACGUCCAGGGGAAGAACAUCACCAAUGCCCCUGAGAUGCAGCCAAACGCUGUCACAUGGGGCAUCUUUCCUGGCAGGGAGAUCGUCCAGCCCACCGUAGUGGAUCCUGUCAGUUUCAUGUACUGGAAGGACGAAGCCUUUGGCCUCUGGAUCGAGCAGUGGGCCAAGCUGUAUGAGGACGAGUCCCCUUCGCGGAUGAUCAUCCAGUACAUUCAUGACAACUAUUACCUCGUCAAUCUGGUGGACAACGACUUCCCCCUGGAGAACUGUCUGUGGCAGGUGAUCGAUGACAUGUUUGAUCUGCUGGACGCACCUCCUGUGACUGUGGAAUAACAGAAGCCUCCCCAUCCCAUCCCAGACACGCUUACAUAUAUACGCACACACACACACACACACACACACACACAUACUACAGUGCUGCUCAGAGACCAGCAAUCUCUCAUUACCUAAACAUUAAUAAAGCAUUCAGCCUUCCAAUUAAAGUAUACAAUGUAUACUUACUCUGUGAUGGACUGGCAUCUGGUCCAGCGCGUACCCUGCCUCAUAUCCUAUGCUUCCGGGAUAGGCUCCUGACCCCCACGACCCUGCAUUGGACAGGCAGUUAUUGAUAAUGGGUGGAUGUAUUCUUUUUAAACCCCAGUUUUAAGUAACUA